AUGGCUACCAGAUUCAGACAGCCUCAGUGGCUCGCCGGCAACGGGUUUGCCCCGCACGUGUACCUGUUCCGCAACAUCGAGUCCGGCCAGGUGCUCUAUUCGCAGACCCCGCACAUCACAAAGUACCAGAUCAAACAGCAGAGUUUCAGACCCAAUUGGGAGAACAGAAAACCGUCGAAAAGAAGAGACCUGUGGCGGCCGAUGGCCGUGGCGCAGUUCCAGUCGCACGAGACCGCCGUCGAGGCGUACAACGCGCUGGUCGAGCUCAAGUACAUGCGCCAGGUGACCAAGAGAAAAGAGGCCGAGGCCCUUAGAAAGAGAAACCAGUACGAGCAGAUUUGGUAUUUCGGACAGUACAGACCAACGUGGGCACAGGAGUCGGUGAGUGACCUGAACACGGUGCUCGACCAUUUCAAGCUGACGUCGAAAAUUUACUGGGACUCGCUCUGGCGCAAAGGAGACGACAAGCAUUGGGAAAACCUUUCUGUUGAGCACGAGGAGCUCGACAAGGUCAAUCCAAGGGAAAAGUUCGUGGUGUUGAGCGAAGUGGAUCAGAGUUGGCGCGAAGAAACCGCCCAGGGGGCCCAAAAAUCUGCAGAGACCCAAACAGCCGUUCCUGGAGGCCUCCUUGGCCUUUCUCUGUGCGUUCUUUUGCUUGCGCUCGUGCAAAAAUUGCUUGUACUUUUCCAGGGUGAUCUUCUUCUGCUUCUCCGCGUACUCGUCCACGCCGUGGAACGUGGUGUCGAACACAGAGUCCCACAUGGUGAAGAACGGCUGCGAGAAGUUGUACUUGAUUCCGAAAUGCUGGUGGUGGAUGUCGUGGUAGAUCGAGUUGUUGGGGAACAACAGCUGGAACGGAUCGAACGGGAACGAAUACCCGCAAUGGUCGUCGACGGUCUUGAGCGUCGAGAACGUGUACAGGAAGAUCUGCUCGCGUGGAGUCAGUCCUGUCACCAGACUGGCAAGCCCGGCUCCAAUGGUAUCCAACAAGAACCCUUCCACGGGGUCGUUGAACAGAGCACCGAACGCGUACGGCACGUACAGCUUGUGGUGGCGCGAAUGGAACCGUCUGUAUAG